UGUUCCCGCGUUACAGUCAGGUAAAUAAGUCGGUUGGUCGUAAUGGCCGGAGAACUCGCAAGAUAGUAAACAUAUCUUGAAGCGUUUUCAUUCAAUAUUCCGCUUAAAAGAACUUCAACUAUCAAACGUUUACUUAAUUUCAUUGUGUAUAAAAUAACAAUUAAGUAUUUUUUGCAAGAUCGUGUGAAUUUAUUGGUAACCUGAAAAUAAGCAUCCACGAAGUCAUUCUUAUGGAUCGAGACCGCCAAGACCGUGAGAAAGAUAGGGACAGGGAUAGAGAUCGUGAUAGAAGACACAGAUCUCGUAGUAGAGAUCGUAGAAAACGUUCUCGCUCACGUUCUAAAGAUAGAAGAGAUAGAAAAAGAAGUAGCUCACCUAAAAAAAGUCGCAGUUCUAGAAGGAGGAAGCCAUCUCUUUAUUGGGAUGUUCCACCACCUGGAUUUGAACAUAUUACUCCUUUGCAGUAUAAAGCUAUGCAAGCUGCAGGACAAAUACCUGCAAAUAUUGUGGCAGACACACCACAGGCUGCUGUACCAGUUGUUGGUAGUACAAUAACCCGCCAAGCAAGGAGAUUAUAUGUAGGGAACAUUCCAUUUGGUGUGACUGAAGAAGAAAUGAUGGAGUUCUUUAACCAACAAAUGCAUCUAUCUGGUCUUGCUCAAGCUGCUGGAAAUCCAGUAUUAGCGUGUCAGAUCAAUUUAGAUAAAAACUUUGCUUUCUUAGAGUUCCGUUCGAUAGAUGAAACAACGCAGGCUAUGGCAUUUGAUGGUAUUAAUUUCAAAGGGCAAAGUUUAAAAAUAAGAAGACCACAUGAUUAUCAACCAAUGCCAGGAAUGACUGAUAAUCCAAGUAUGAACGUGCCAGGUACGGUUCCCGAUUCUCCUCACAAGAUCUUCAUUGGUGGUUUACCCAAUUACUUGAAUGAGGAACAGGUGAAGGAGUUACUGAUGAGCUUUGGACAAUUGAGAGCAUUCAAUCUAGUAAAGGAUUCAGCUACAGGCCUAUCCAAGGGUUAUGCAUUCUGCGAGUAUGUCGACGUGUCAAUGACUGAUCAAGCGAUUGCUGGAUUAAAUGGAAUGCAGUUGGGAGACAAGAAACUAAUCGUUCAACGGGCUAGCGUUGGUGCCAAGAAUCCUAUGAUUGGUGCACAAGCUCCUGUUCAAAUUCAGGUGCCAGGAUUGUCAAUGGUGGGCACAAGUGGACCAGCUACUGAGGUUCUCUGCUUGCUAAAUAUGGUAACUCCUGAAGAAUUAAUGGAAGAGGAGGAAUAUGAAGAUAUUUUGGAAGACAUCAAAGAAGAGUGUAAUAAAUAUGGUGUGGUUCGAUCUGUGGAAAUACCCAGACCUAUAGAAGGUGUCGACGUACCCGGAUGCGGGAAAGUAUUUGUCGAAUUUAAUAGUGUGAUUGAUUGUCAAAAAGCGCAGCAGACUCUUACAGGACGGAAAUUUAAUAAUCGGGUUGUUGUAACAUCAUAUUUUGAUCCUGAUAAGUAUCAUCGCAGAGAAUUUUAAAAUAUAGAUUUUUUUUUUCUUACCGAUUAAUAAUUGACUCCACUGUAUAAUAAUCGAAUAUGAAUAAUCUUGUCAACAAAUCCAAAAAUUAUCAAUUCUCUUCUAUUAAAAUGUACAAAAUAACAUGCAAUUGAUUUUCAAUUAUACUGUGCAUUAAAUGAUAACUGUUGUAAUUUCGAUAACAUAACCAUAUAUAAAUAAAUUAUAAUUUAUAAAAUUGCUAAUAAGAAAAAAAAAUGGUAUGAAGGUAAUCAUUGUACAAAUAGGGACAUCAUUUUUUCGUUAAUCAGUAGUAUGGUUAAAGUAAUAAACCAUUGUUAAAGGCAGAAUUAUAUAAAAAUAAAUAAUAAAUUGUCACA